GUACCCCAGGCACCCUGGUGUUUGGAAGAUGCUCACAGCGGCAGUGUGUGUGGCCCUGCUGGGCUGCCUGCACACCCAGGAGCUCAGGGGACACAUCUCUGUAAUCCUGCUGGGAGCAACUGGGGACCUGGCCAGAAAAUACCUAUGGCAGGGGCUGUUCCAGCUGUACCUGGAUGAGGCCGGGAAGGGCCACAGUUUUCGCUUCCACGGGGCUGCUCUGACGACCACCGAGCAGGGCCAGGAGGUCAUAGCCAAAGUCCUGGAGUCCCUGUCCUGCCCGAAGGACACGGCUCCCGCUCGCUGUGCUGAACUCAAGGAUCAGUUCCAGCAGCUGAGCGAGUACCGCCGCCUAAAGACCGCAGAGGACUACCUGGCCCUGAGCAAGGACAUCGAGGCGUGGGUCCAGCGCGAAGGCCUCCAGGAGGUGGGCAGGGUUUUCUACUUCUCCGUGCCGCCCUUCGCCUACGCAGACAUUGCCCGCAACAUCAACAGCAGCUGCCGUCCCGGCCCUGGCGCCUGGCUGCGCGUUGCCCUCGAGAAGCCCUUUGGCCAUGACCACAGCUCGGCCCAGCAGCUGGCCACAGAACUCGGGAGCUUUUUCCAGGAGGACGAGAUGUACCGGGUGGACCAUUACCUGGGCAAGCAGGUGGUGGCCCAGAUCCUGCCUUUCCGAGACCAGAACCGUGAGGCCCUGGAUGGCCUCUGGAACCGGCACCACGUGGAGCGGGUGGAGAUCAUCAUGAAAGAGACCGUGGAUGCAGAAGGUCGCACCAGCUUCUACGAGGAGUACGGGGUCAUCCGAGAUGUCCUCCAGAACCACCUGAUGGAGAUCCUCACGCUGGUGGCCAUGGAGCUGCCCCGCAACGUCAGCAGCUCGGAGGCGGUGCUGCAGCACAAGCUCCAGGCCUUCCGGGCCCUGCGGGGCCUGCAGAAGGGCAGCGCGGUCCUGGGCCAGUACCAGGCGUACAGCGAGCAGGUGCGCAGAGAGCUGCAGAAGCCAGACGGCUUUCACAGCCUGACGCCAACCUUCGCAGGCAUCCUCGUUCACAUCGACAACCUUCGCUGGGAGGGCGUCCCUUUCAUCCUGAUGUCCGGCAAAGCCUUGGAUGAGCGAGUGAGCUACGUUCGGAUCUUGUUCAAGAACCAGGCAUGCUGUGUCCAGAGCGAGAAGCACUGGGUGCCAGACCAGAGCCGGUGCCUGCCUCAGCAGAUCGUCUUCUACAUCGGACACGGCGAGCUGGGCAGCCCUGCCGUGCUGGUCAGCCGGAACCUGUUCAGACCCUCCCUGCCAUCUGCAAGCUGGAAGGAAGUGCCUGGCCAGCCUGAGCUCCACCUCUUUGGCCGCCCUCUGUCUGAUUACUACGCCUACAGCCCCGUGAGGGAGCAGGAUGCGUACUCCAUCCUAAUCUCUCACAUCUUCCACCACCGGAAGGACUCCUUCAUCACCACGGAGAACUUACUGGCCUCCUGGAUCUUCUGGACGCCCUUGCUGGACAGCCUGGCCCACGAAGUCCCACGCCUCUACCCAGGAGGAGCUGAGAACGGACACCUGUUGGACUUUGAGUUCAGCGGCAACCACUUAGCCUUUUCCCAGCAGCCGCUGGAGCAGCUGGUGCCGGGGCCAGGUUCUGGGCCGACACCCAGUGACUUCCAGGUUCUCAGGGCCAAGUACCGAGAGAGCCCACUGAUCUCAGCCUGGCCUGAGGAGCUGAUCGCCAAGCUGGCCGACGACAUCGAGGCCACAGCUGUGCAGGCAGUGCGGCGCUUUGGCAAGUUCCACCUGGCGCUGUCGGGCGGCUCAAGCCCCGUAGCCCUGUUCCAGCAGCUGGCCAUGGGGCACUAUGGCUUCCCCUGGGCCCACACGCACCUGUGGCUGGCAGACGAGCGCUGCGUCCCACUCUGGGACCCCGAGUCAAACUUCCAGGGCCUGCAGGCGCACCUGCUGCAGCACGUCAGGGUCCCCUACUACAACAUCCACCCCAUGCCCGUGCACCUGCGCCAGCGGCUCUGCGCCGAGGAGGACCGGGGCGCCCAGGUCUAUGCCGAGGAGAUCUCCGCCCUGGUGGCCAACAGCAGCUUCGACCUGGUGCUGCUGGGCAUGGGCACCGACGGGCACACGGCCUCCCUCUUCCCGCAGUCGCCCACCGGCCUGGACGGCGAGCAGCUGGUAGUGCUGACCAAGAGCCCCUUCAGGCCGUACCAGCGCAUGAGCCUCAGCCUGCCCCUCAUCAACCGGGCGAGGAAGGUGGCGGUCCUGGUCAUGGGCAGGAUGAAGCGUGAGAUCGCCGUGCUGGUGAGCCGUGUGGGCCACGAGCCCAGGAAGUGGCCCAUCUCGGGAGUCCUGCCUGAUUCUGGCCAGCUGGUGUGGUACAUGGACUACGAAGCGUUCCUGGGAUGAUGGUGCCUUCACCCUUCGCUCACCCCUGUGCAUCCCUUCACUGUCCUCUCUCUGCUCCCUCGGUCCUGCCCCCCGCCCACACACCCUGGCUCUCUGGGAGCUGAUGCCUCAGGGCCAGGCCCCCAUCCCAGUCCCUGUGACGGCCCCUGUCUGGUGGUGGUGGGUACACACUGAAACAAGGAAGAAAUGUAAUCUCUGCUCUCUAGAAGCUUCAAAUCCAAGUCCGAGAGAAAUGUCCACCUUAAGAAAAGACCUGCAGCAGUUACACGUGAACAUCGACCGGUGCAAAACAAGACGAUUUGAAAGCUCCCCACUGGAGGAGGAGUGUGGUGGUCUGCGGUUAAUUGGGACGUUUCUCGCAGGCCGGGACCUUGAGGGAAAAGCAGAGCGUUGACCGGCAGGAGCAGGAGCACGGGCAUCGCUGGGGGCACAGCACCCUGUGCAGAGUGGGGUGCUGGGAGUGGCCCCAAGACCAUGAGCUUUCAGGCCCUCAGCUCCAUCCGUCCCGUCUUCCCAAGCCUCCGCCAUUCAACCUGCUGUCCUGUGGUCCCCGUGGCCACCCCCACCUGCUCUGCGUCUCGGGUUCAUUUCUCCUCUGUCCCUACUGUAGAGGUCUUCCCAUCCCCUCUCUGUUUCUACACUGUCCCUCAGACGCCCCAUUUAUGGACAGACGAUGACAGUAACACAGCAGCAAGUGCUAGGAUGCUAAAAUGGACCAGAAAUCUUGUGACUUGUUUGCAGCUCCUUUUCUCAGCAGAUGAACUUCUCUGAUGGGGAAGGCGCUGGCUCCCUCAGCUUCGUGAGGGAGGACCCCUGCCCCACCCCAGCGCUCCCAUCUCUAGCCAGCCCUCCACCUGAGACACACCAGACGUGGAUGAUCAGGCCAUUCCAGGCUUCCCUGAUUUGAGAGGGUCCCUUGUGUCUCAGUGGACUUCCCAGUGAGUGUUUCUGCUCUCAGUGUCCCCUCUUGUUUUACCUGGGAAGAUCCAGUUAAAUCUUUGGUGGUGACAUCUCAUUUGGGGAGAGAGGUGUGACACCAAGUGCCCUAGCCCAGCAGGUGCUCUGAUCUGACCAGUCAGGAGCCAGGCCUCCUUGGCGGGGCGGCCGCAGCUCAUGUUAGCAGGGGCUGCCCACGACCAUCUCAGGAACUCGGCUGAUUUUCAGCCCGCCCUCCUCACACUACCUCUCGGCGGCAUCGACAUCCAAUCUGCUGGGCCCUCCUGCCAGCGCUCACCUCACCACUACUGCCUUGCUGAGGACGCGGGAGAACCCAGCAGAGCUUCUCAAGAAAUAGGUUGGGUGCUCUGCUUCUGAGAAUCCAUGGCCCAGUAAUACCUGUUUUUCUGAAACCCCCAAGGAGAGAGGGGGUAUCUUUGAAAUUAUUUUUUAAAAAAUUCAAAAUUCUCAGGAUGCACUUAAUUUUUAUUUCAAAUUCCUGUGUAGCCAUGCCCCCAAGAUCCAUCAGUAGAGCACAAGACAGGCUUUUCUGGGUGACUGCUUCCCCGUCUUACAGUCACAUUUUGUAUCUGAUCAGGCAGAUACAAAGUGUCAAGGUCACACCAAGGGCUUUCCUGGGUGAGGAGGGGCAUCAUGAAAUCUGUUUCUUCUGAUUGUUACACUUCCUUCAAGGCUACGGAUUUAAAGUAAUUCUUGCUAUCAUCCUAGAUGUGUGUGUGUGUGGGAGAUGGGUAUCUGGGAUGGGGGCUCUGCGUGUUAAAAUUCGGCUCCCCCUGGCCUCCAGCGACCAGUCCAGACAGGACAUCUCUCUCUAUGCCGAGAGAGCUCACUGUGGCGGAACAGAACGCAGUGCCCGGGUCAGGAAGUCUCCUCUGUUUCUGGGGGUCAGCAUUUUGGCUCGGAUACAUCUGGUGGGCCCGCCUGCAGGAGUGGACACAUGGUUGCAGGCCGGGUGCCACCUCUGGCCACGUGGGGGCGCCCUGGCACCAUCCCUGCCUUCUGGACAUCUGACUGAGAAGGAAGUCUCCCUCCUGGCAGGUUCCUCCGUGGUGUUUCCAUAUUCUACAUCCCUGGUCUCUUGGUGCUGAGCACUGCCCCCCAAUACUCCCCCAAUCUGUUCUUUUGGAACUUCUUCCUCUGCGGUUGCACCACGAGGAGAGGGGGACCGCCACAUGCUGGGUGUCACUGUGGGAUACAGGCGAGCAGACUCUUGAUGUCACUGUUUCUGAAUAAUAGUGAGUCACUGCGGGCCUGAGCCUGGCCUGUCCUGUUCUCAGGGGAGCGCCUGGCCUCAAAGAGCACCCGUCAUCUGUGGCGAGCGCAUGUAGGGGUAGGGGUGGGGGCAAAAAGUGCGAAGGUUUUCCUUCUGGAAUCGAGUGCUUUCUUAAAGUCACACCAGAAAAGCCAAUUGGGGGCCAUUGUCACGGUUCCUGCUUCCACCCCCUCCCUUUCCCCUUUCCCUCCCUUGCCCUGUGUUAGGAAGGAGAGAUUCUCUGAAUAGGGCCACCUCUGCCGGUGGUUUUCAAACUUUUUGAACCACGAUUCGCAGCAAGAAGCACACUUUACAUCAUGAGUCAGUGCUCAUGUUCGUGAAUAAAUCUGGGUCUCAAGCAAAAAUUUCUUAAAGGAGUUCUCAUCCUGAGAAUACAGGAUAUCAUCUCUUUCCUCUUUUUCAUUUUUAGAAAAUGCUGCUUGUAAUCCUCUAAGUUGAGUUGAUACAUAGUUGGGAAAGUGCGGCUCUAUUCUGACUUUACCUUGGUGUAUAAAUCGAGGCCCCCAAGGUUUGGAAGGGAGCAUGCGAGCCCAGCUCACAAGGAAGGCUUGUGACCACUCUGGGACCGGAACCCAGGCAUCCGUCCUUGCUGCAGCUUCACGCCUCGGCUGGUCCCAGCUGACUCCGCUCCAGCCUCUGCGGUGGGAUGCUCGCCUGUUCCAUCAGGAGGGAGGGGAGCCAGUGGGUGAAGAUGCUCCAAUUGGAAGCCUGUGGCUUGUGGGAGUGAUGACAAUGUGUCCUUUAGUGGGGUGACACAUGCUGGGCUCAGCACUAAGCGUUUUGCACGGUGUGGCCUUUAAUUUUUACAACAACCCUGUGAGUAGGUGGCGGGAUCUUCAAUUACCGGUGAUUUUGAAACUGAAACUUGGAGUUGUCUCAUGCCAGCAAGCCAGUGGUUUCAAGCCAGGUGUGGAACCCAAAGCUUCAUGAUUCUAGACAUGUGCCCCCAGCCACGCUGCUCCGUCACCUGCCUCCCAGGGCGCCGGUGCAGCUGUGGUUCCCAGAGCCCAGCUUCCCUGCACGGACCCCGCGCGCACACUUGUGGGCCUGUGAAUGGCACAGGGCCCCUCCUCUGGGAGGCCGCUUCAAACCCACAUCUCUUAUUCCCAGGCGCUGUUGCCGUAUGCUGUAGGGAAAGAACUGAGGGACUUUCCAGGUUGCUGUAAGCUGGAUUCUGAUUUCCACCUGGGUGCAAAGUCUUUGCUAAGCACAGGUUAGGAGAGUCUUGCUUCUCUGCAAACUGCUUCAUUCCCACUCCAGCCUCUGGUACUGGGCGCAGUACAAGCCCUGCCGGUGGGCAGUGGUUCCAAUUACUCCCUCGAGGGAGCCCUUCCAGAAGGCACAGGCCCCGACUCCCUGGUCUGCUGCCUCGCUCCCUCCUUUCCUGUUUGUACAGAGGGCAGGGGACAGGGUGACAGAGAAAGGGAGGGAGACACCCCCAUAGAACUUUAAAGGAUGGUUUCCUCCAGUUAGUUUACAGAAACAGACUUCUUUUUUCAACAGAAAUACAUGCAACCUCCCAGAAGCAGCCUUUGCACCAGCUUUCCCCAGCUCUGUUUUUAUUGUAAGCAGACGGGGCCCUGCGGACCUUAGCCUGCUGGUUAGAGUAGCUGCCAGGCUGCAUGUCUGUGUCAGAGAUUGAACAGGUCACAGGAAGGACCAUCAGUGACAUGAGGGUGAGGUGGCCAUGGUGGCAGCCAACACGAUUGGCACCUGCCUGCCACCCAAAAGAUAGACCUGAGGUGGGCGGCCUUGCCACCCGAGUGGCCCACUAGGGGCCGGUCCCCAGCCCCCCCCUCGGCCACCUGCCGAGCUGAAGCCCAUCUGUGCAGCGUCCUCUCCCCUCGGCCGUCUGCUCCGGGCGCCACAGACCUUGAGGCUACAGCUGUGCGGGUGGCACUUGAGCUGCUCGCUUGGUCCAGGUGAGAUUUCCAGGAGGAAGAGGGUAGUUCCUCCAGCCUCAUCCGUGUCUGGCAGCUAGUCUGAGCCCAGGAGGACAUCUGGAUGGACCAUGCGGUAAUCCCGGCCCCGCUGGGGCCGCCCCCUCGGAGGCUCCGCGCAUCUCGGCUGCAGCCGUGGAUCGCUCCUCUAAUAACCCUGCCUGCCCUCCUCCCCUCCCACUGACCGUCCAGGGGCCGCCCGGUCGUCAGCCUGCCGUCUUCCGUUGCCCACUUGGAGGAUUGGGUGGGGCACCAGCAUGUUCUCUGUGGCCCUUUGCUGCGUACCAUGUAGUCUCCACAGGCGAUGAAAACCCUGCUUCCUGCUCUGGAGCAGGACGCUGCCUCCCGUGUGGAUCAGCCAUCCUUACUCAGCGUGUCUUCGCCAGAGGAAGCCAGCGGGAGCCUGAAUCACGUGUCUUCUUGGAAGAGUUGUGAUCCCAGGUGACCUCCAAGAACGUCCAGGGCCCUUCUCCAGAGGCGGGUGCUCGCGUCAGCGGCUCAAGGUGAGGCCAGGGUGAGAAGCUCUGAAGAUCCCUCGGCUCGUUACGGAGCAAGGUGCAGACGUACUGAUGCCGUCAGCGCGAGGGGGAAGCAGCAGCAGAUCGAGGAGGCACUUCUGAAAUUGUUACAAGCUGGGGAAACGAUCGCUCCAGCCUGUUUGCAAAGCAGGCCCCUGGGGCCGUGUCUGUGUGUGACCCAAAGAUGGGAAGGGACGGGGAUUGGAUUAGUUAUGCGUCUUCUGUUCUUUGAUUCCAGGAUGGUCUUUGUUUAAAACUCUUGCCUUGCUCUCAGGUGUUCUAAAGGAAGUCUGCAUCUUUCCUGUCCCUCUGAUGUGGGCAGGGGUAAACACAUUUUCACUUGCUGAAAGCCGCAUGGAGUCGAUUUGAAUGGCUAGUAUUAGCUUUGAAAGCAGAAGUGUAAACAGAACUAUGCAUCUGCUAGCUUGGCUCCUCUUCUGUACCCCACAGGUGUCUAGAAGUCGGUUAUUAAACGGUCUGAGGUACCUAAGUCCAGAGGGAAGGACCCUGGAGUAGCUGGUGAUCAGGGGCCCAGUUUGCCUCCCCUUCUCCGAGAUGCGACCUGUGCGGUCCGUGCCUCCUGGUCCUUCACUUGGGAGAACGGGGUGAGGGCAGACAGGAGCGGGGCCUCUGCUGGGCCCAGGGGCUGUUGCUGCCCAGGCCUGAGCGAAGGCCUUGCUUCCAGCUGGGAGGCCACUUUGGUACCGUGCUCAUUAGCAACAGACCUAGACAGGGGGUGUGGGCCCUGAACGCAGGACGCGUUGUAGUCUGGCUCACGUCCCUGCGCCUUGUCCCGCGCUGGGAAACUUGGCACUGGAUUUCUGUCAAGAAAGCAGAAGAGAGACAGGAAGACUCUUUCUCAGAGGACUGUCUGUUCCCUCAUGUGGCGAGUAGACAGUGAGCAUGAAACCGCCCCUCUGCCAAGGGCAAGAACGCACCAUGCUUUCUUUGCAGAAACUGCCCGCGGUUUUUGUGGAAAUGCUGGACACUUAAAACGAUGCCUCUAACUAUGAGACAUACUCAGAACAGAGUUUUUUUAAAUGUCUUUUUGUAUGUGAAAUGUAACAUUUAUUUUUAAAACAAUAGAAUUGUUUUGCCAAAA